AUGGCUGAUCUCCUCUCACUGAGUGAAAAACACUCAGGGUUUAAAAAGACCCCGAUCCAGACUUCCUGCUUGCCCCCACCCCAGCCUAAUCUCACAUCCUGCACUUUGGUCAGCACUGGGCUCUGUGUAAGAAUAGGAGCACAAAGAACAAAGAUCAGGACAUUGUUUAGCAGCAAAAAAAGGAGAUACCCUCUCAUGCAGCAGUCACACGUUGCACAUAUAGAGCGCUAUGCACCGUGUACACUGAGCAUAUACCUAUGUUGGUAACAAGCAAAGUCUGGCUGAGAGUGAUGGGAACUACUUUCGACAACAUCGUUUAGGAAAGUACCCUUUACAUCUCCUGAUCGUAACCUCUAAGCCCUGGAUCCCACUGUUAUGACUCUAGGACAACCACACAGGUAUUCUUGUUAUCUGUGUCAUUACAGUCCCUGAGACAACACAUAUCUCCAUGAUAAAGCUCGGAAUACAACAUGUGAGAUACUUAAAGGGAACCUAUAGUCCUGCAAAUAAGAAUCAUGACAUGAGCACAGUCGCCUUGUCGGCCUCUGCUUAAGAACCCCCACCAAAUACCCCAAUCCCCAAUAAAGCACAGACACCAUGGUUUUGGCAAAAUUAUAUCACAGCUUUAUUUGUAAUUAACAUAAAUUUAAAGGUCAUUGUCAACAGCAGGCCAACGUUGGCCUGCACAAUUAACAUCCUGCAUUUACAAUUAACCCCUUGACAAUGACCCACCCCCACAUAACAUAACACCCAAACAUUGAACAUUUUAUUUAACAUGAACAUGACCAUUGCCACCAAAGGGCACCAUCCAUUGCCACCAAAGGGCACCACAAGUGUAGGGGCAUACCGAGACACCCCAUACACACCCCGGUUCGGAGUUACCUACGAGCUCGAACCUACCAAACCAGUCCAAAAGCCUACCUAUUAGCCCUGAACUCCAAACUUUUUCCCCAUCUCACUCUUUUCUCCCCCCAACUUUACUCUCCACCCCCCGCCGCCGUGACCAAACAGGAAACACCUGAAAGCUAAGGGAGGGUGGGACAACAAACAGGUAGUGUAACUUAGAUUAAAGUGAUCCUUGCAUAUAAAAUGGCCACUACUUAUCCUCCCCUUGAAACUCCACCCCAGCAUUACCAGUGACCAAACCCUGACCCCCUGACCUUUAGAUGGCCUGUCUCCUGGCAAUGUCAAGGCCCACUCCCCUUAGCUACGCUGCUCCAUGGGCUACAUUCUUUUGGAACUAUAGUUUCCCUUCUAUCCAACACAUUUUGUCCACCCCAUUUUCCUAGUAAAAAUUUUUUUAAUGAUUACUCAACGAAAACAAUAUCACACCAUACUAAUUCUGCAAAAAGGAUUUUAUUUAUAUAUCAGAGAGCAAAAAAGAUCAUGAAUAGAGUACAUGGUGCAGAUAAAAUUUACACUAUAAAUAUUGCAAAAAGGCUAUACCAAAGAUAAAUAAAUACAAACAGAAAAAAUGUGUAUAAAUCAUAAACCCAUCUUACUGUACAGUGACCUAAGAUCGGAGGCAUAAACCCAAACGAUUUGGCUCAACGUCUUUCUCAAGGGUGUCAAGUCUUGUGCUAGUAGCCGGGCUUUAAAAAUGAUCAAUAUUUCAGUUGCCGAGUGAGGGGGGGGAGAGAGGAGGUUACCGGCUGUGUCUGAGCACCGGGGAGUGUCACACCGGCUGACUCCGAGGCUGUCCUCCCCUCCCAGGGACAGCUCACAGCUCACAUCUUCCAGCGGGGCCGCCGAUCCGCCAUCAGAGUCACUGGGCCUAGCGGAGCGCAGACACUGCUAAUAUCUGCCAUUAUGGAGUGUGACAUGCUGGAGAAUGACGUGUUGGAGUCACUGGAAGACCUGGGCUAUAAAGGUGCACUAAUGGAUGAAGGAGCCUUGAUCCAGGCAGCCAGUGAGGGAGCCCUUUCUCCAGAAUAUACCAAACUCUGUGCGUGGCUGGUGACAGAGCUUAAAUCUUUCAGCAAACUAGAAGAAAACGUGGAAGCCACUAACAGCCCUGCUGAAUCGGAAGGAUUCCAACUAGAAAUGAGCGGUCUUUUAACCGAAAUGAGCUGUCCAUAUGCCUGUCUAACAUCAGGAGAUGUUACAAAACGCCUCCUGGACAAAAUAAAUUGUCUUCUCCUGCUAACAUAUCUCAUUUCUGAACUUGAAGCUGCUAGAAUGCUUUGUGUUACUAUGCCUUCAAAGAAGGAGAAGGAUGGUGGUGGUAGUGAGGUAUUUGUCGAACUCAAGAGCAUAUGCAUGACACUGGGAAUGUCUAAACCUCCUGCCAACAUUACGAUGUUCCAAUUUUUUAGUGGAAUUGAAAAAAAGUUGAAGGAGACCUUUUUAAAAGUGCCACCUAAUCAUUUAGGAAAGCCCCUCUUAAGCAAGACAUUGGGCCCUUCUCAUUGGGAAAAAAUUGAAGCAAUUAACCAAGCCAUAUCCAAUGAAUAUGAAGUGCGCAGAAAAAUGUUGAUUAAACGUUUGGAUGUAACAAUACAAUCAUUUGGUUGGUCCGAUCGUGCCAAGAGCCAGACUGAGAAACUUGGAAAAGCAUACCAGCCAAGGAGGGCUUUAUUGGCAGCGAAAGGCUCAAUUUCUGUGGCGCAUCUCUUAGCAGCCCGCCAUGACUUGUCAAAGAUUCUGAGAACUAGCAGCGGAUCAAUCCGGGAAAAAACUGCCUGUGCUAUAAAUAAGGUAUUAAUGGGAAGAGUUCCAGACAGAGGAGGCAGACCAAAUGAAAUAGAACCACCUCCUCCAGAAAUGCCUCCCUGGCAGAAGAGAAAUGAUGGACCACCACAAGGAGGCAGCAGAGGAGGAGGAAGAGGUGGAUAUGAGCAGUCAUAUAGUGGCAGAGGAGGCUAUGACCAAGGUGGUGGAAGAGGAAGCCAUGACCACAGUGGUGGGCGAGGAGGUUAUGACCACAGUGGUGGGCGAGGAGGUGGUCGUGGGAGUUAUGACCAUGGUGGCAGAGGAACUAGAGGAAGUAAAGUUCAAGGAGGCUGGACAGACGGUGGUGGUAGCAGUACAGGAGGCGGCUAUCACGAUGGUGGUUAUCGAGAUUCUGGUGUUCAAACUGGCGGCUACCAAGGUGGAUAUCAAGGAAGCAGUGGAGCAUAUGGUGGCUACCAAGGGUCGUCCUAUUCUGGAAGUGGAUACCAGGGUGGAGGUUAUCAACAAGACAACAGAUAUCAAGACGGUGGUCACCCCAAUGACAGGGGAGGCAGCCGUGGAGGUGGGAGAGGGGGCCGUGGUGGUCGUGGUGGAAGAGGAGGACAAGGUGGAGGUUGGGGAUUACGAGGUGCCCAAAACUAUAACCAGGGCGGUCAGUUUGAGCAGCACUUUCAACACGGAGGUUAUCAGUAUAACCAGUCUGGCUUUGGACAAGGAAGACACUACACUAGUUGAGGUUGUUUAAGCUUAAAUUUCAGUAGAGCUCAGGUAAUAGGAGUGACAGCCUGAUGACACGGGUUACUGUUUUAAGGCAUCAGUUAUAACAGGAUAUCUUUCUUCUUAUGAAUGCAACAAUAUAACCUGAUGCAUGUCUAAACCUUACAAAGUCAAAUAAUGCUCCCCCAUAUGAUUUUUCUCCUUAAGAAGUGAAAUCUGCAGUGAUAGCCUUAUCCAUUGUACCCACCUUUCAUACAAUCCAGUACUGCAGUCCACAUGCAUUGUACACCUGAAGCGCUCUGAACUAAAUAUGUCGGACAGCACAUCCGGUCAGUAGCAGUAAUUGAUAAGGGCAGGGCUCUUAAGUAAUGACCAAUACAAUAAAAUAUUCAGUAAUGGUUUGCAAAGGAUGUCCUUUGAAAUAUUUAGUUCGUGACUUCCUGGCUUUGACAUCAACUGUUUAGGGUGUCUUAAUCGAUGAAGACUGUUUGCCAUUGAUGAUUUAGAUGAAACAAAGCUUUUGUGCUUCAAUCUUGCACCUGUUAAAAAAAAAAAAAAAAUUGACCCAAACUUUCCUUAUGGCUUUUUUGAUAACUUCAUAUCAAUGAUGAGUUGAGGAAUUCCUUAAAGUCUACAACAAAAUUAAUUUCAUGAGUGAGAUUUACUGUUUUAUGGAGGUCAGUGCUGUUCCACACUGGUUAAUGUUAUGUGAGCUCUUCUGCAUUUUCUAGCCUUCUUUUGCCUCUGGCAAUCCACGCCAUAUUAUGCCCUAAGGGUCCUAAAUGCUGCUUUGGCAAUAAAUGGUUACCAAGUUACAUUUUUGAAUUUAAUCUGCGCUUAGAUUACAUUUAAAAAGGAACAUACACUUUGACCGAUCUAACAGCUGUGGUCUACUUGAAAAUACUUUGGAGUAGAUAAUUCACCUUUAUCAUUUGCGCAUACCUUCAUGCCACUGAUUAAAUCAAGUGGUUGUUUUUGUUCUGUUUUAAUUUGUUGUGCGCACUUUUUUUCUUUUCAUUUUUCUCUUUAUUUGAGGAAAUGCACUACUCUUUGGGCAAAAGGGGUUUAUGUCCAAAGUUGUCCUUUAUAAAUGCUGCAGAAACAAAUCCUGUAUGGGUAUGCGGUUUAUAAUAAAGCCUUUACCAAGAGCCUCAAAAAGAUCAAUAUUUGAUAUAAGUUUUUUUUUUUUUUAAAAACAGUCAAGUUGCUAAUUUGUUCCUGUAAUUUCACAAAAGUAUUUAAAAUCUACACGUGUACAUUGUAUGUUUGUACUGCAACAACGGAUCUGGCUUGCAGAACACAGAAAAAGUGCAAUAUGAAAGAAUGUUAGAAAAGGCAAAAAAAUAAAAAUAAAAAAAGAUAAAAUAGCCCCAGGGUCAGGCUAAAAUACAUCCUGUGGGAUACUCUGGGUUUUUACGUAUGUGAAACAUAUACAUGUAUGGAGUAAUUUGAUUUUGGAAGCUGCAAAUUGCCCCUAAAUGAAACAUAAACCCAGUACAUCAAUAUGUCACAGUAGUAAAAAUGUCAAUGCAGGAACAUACUCAUAUCAGCUAAGAUCUGACUACAGAUCAGACACUGUUAUGUGUCUAUUGAUCAGACAUACGUUUAUUUUAUUAUAGUUCCCCCUACAAUUAUAAUAAAUGUCCAUGCGUAGCUAUCUUUAUGUAUAUGUAUUCAGUGGUACAAACGUGUAUCUCUUCCUUUCACUGUUUAUCAUGUGUACAUGCAAAAUGAAGGCUUUUAUUUUUACUUUGAUUUGACCUUCAUAGUAGUUCUCCAUACGCAAGCUGCCCAAAAACUAAUUUAUGACCGUAUCAGGUGACAAACCUUUAUCAUGUACACUAAAGACAAAAAUAUCCCUAAAAUCACUGUUUUACCUAUCAGUGUAUCCGCCAGAAUGAACACUGCUUAGCACAGCAGGAGUUAUGUUCUGGAUGAUGGUGCGGCCUGAAUUUAGGACCUCACUAACUACCGUAGCAGAGACCUACCAACAUUAACCCUAAGAAUGUAACUCUUUCAUACAUCACUUUAAAAUGUCCCUAUCCACAAUUCAAGAUCAAUUCUACAUAACAUUCGCACUGGUCGAGUAGCCUCCCCCCCCAGUCCAGUGAUAUGCUGAGACCCCAAUAGCACCUUCAUCCUAAAUGUAAUAGGUAAAACCUGGGUGGUGUCCACCCUAUGCCGAUCCAAGCAAUAACCCACCUUGUGCAAUGGGGUCCCCAAUAAAUUAUAUAUACAUUAGAUUAUAUUAGCAAAUCUUUAUUGGUUUCUGUUUGUUUAAUUGCAUGCCAUUAGAAAAAUCACUAUUCACUUGAAGCAACAGCAAUGUGUUAAAGCUGUAUAUGCAUUAUUUCAUGAAUACAUAAAUAUGUUUUAUGGAUAUAACAAUAUAUAUGUCUAACAGGUUAACGAAAAUCUAAUAGUGUUUAUUACUCGGGUGGGGGGAGGUGGAGCAUAGAUUUAUGUUUUGUAAACCCAUUAUUUCAUCUCAAAAACUGCAGAAAUAAAGAAAUAUAAAAAAUAAAAAAAAAUUGUCAAAAGUGUUCUGGGUCCUUAAAGGGACACUCUAUACACCAUAAACACUACAGCUGUAGAGGCCCAUGCUAUUAGUUGCCUAGAUGUCUGCUACUUUAAUUCUGGUGCAGUUGAAUCAUCGGGGUAGAUGCAAGGAGCAGAACAAGCCACUAAUACUAGCUUCUUCACAGUGCAGCCCACAAAUGACAAAAGGCAGAAUAAGAAAACGGUGGUCGUUAAAUACUGUAUAUAAUCAUGUGGCCGCUAGGUUACAUACAUUUCUUUGAUCCACAGGGUGAUUUGGGGAGAUUCCCUGAUCUCCUCAGCCAGCUAUGUGUGUGGCAUAUGCUUAGUUUGCCCAAUUGCCAGACCAAGAAUGGCAAUGUCCAUAUAUUUAAUUUCUGCAACAACAUUUUAGAGCAUAUUGAUAAAAAUAUUACAAGUGCAGCUGCAGAGGGGACAGGCUGUGAGUCCAGGUGUUUGGUUCCAAAACAGCUUAAAAGCAAAGCUAAAAUGGCACCAUAACCACUACAAUCCACUGUAGAUUGCACUGUUACAUACCAGUCUGGAAUGGAUACUUUAGAAUUCCAAUACAUCUUUCAGCAUUCUCAUCCACCUAGCGGCCAGUCGCUGGCAGGCAGACAUAGAACGUUGUGCUGGCUGGGUGGGCGGGAUAGAACGUUGUGCUGGCUGGAUGGGCGGGGUCACAAUACUGGGGAGGAGCCUCUGGCAGCAGGAAUUGGGUGUCAGACUCUUUUUGCUGUUUUGGAGAGGAGAUCACAGUCCCUGUCAGGACACACGUCUGGCUUUGUGUACAUCAGAUCCUCACAACCCAAGACCCAGGCUGUGCAAGCUCUGCAGGAAAUCACUGGGAGUGCUAUUUGUGCAGGGUAAGUCAAACCAUCUAUCUCUUCCUUGAUUGCUAGUUUGAAUGGAGAGCCAUCACUGUGCUGGAUUGGAAUUAUUUAACCCAGAUGAUGCCAAAAAAAAGGUGGCCUUGCUUCCUGCUGGCAAUGCAUCAUGGAUGUUGGAGUUCUACAAGAGCUGGGGAGCUACCCUUUGGCCUGCACUGCUUUAACCCUUUGAGUGGCAGAGGGCUGCUCAUGCAAAUGAUCGCUGGAAUCGUGUAACUGAUUGUUUUGCACAGAUAGUGCUUGUGAAAAAAAAUACCAAAACAUGCAAGUAAAGUGCAGAUCAGGUGUAUUCCAUCCCAGCAGUGAAUGAGUUAAGCAUGUUUCAGUAUAAGUUAAAGCUGCAAUUCUGUGAUUUGCCUUCAGUGCUUGUUUUUAUUUUGCAGCAAAAUACCAGUCACAUGCUCUGUGUUUGCUGAGAAGGCCUGUCUUGUAGAGCAGGCUUGUCAGCCAAUGUAUACAAACACUGAGAAGGAUUGCAUGCCUUUUAUGGACAUGGCUAUACAUUUCUAUUACAUAUUUGUGUGUGUGUGUGUGUGUGUGUGUGUGUGUUGAUGUGAGUGUUCUUUGAACCCUCAGGGUGUUAGAAAAAUACUGAAAUUGCAUCACAGAUGAAAAAAACAAAUAUAUUAUAUUAUUGUUUUACUUUCCUUCUGUUCAUUAUUUUUCUUUUUAUUGCACAUGAGUCAUAGCAUAAAUCAGGAAGAGCAGAUCUCACAUUGUAGCCAUGUGAUUGAUUUUAUUCCAACAGAUGUUUUAUGUAGGAAGGAUGAAUGAUUAUAUAAGGAUUCCCUGCUAUUAGUCCAAUGCUUUCUGUAAUGUGAAUUUUAACUCUUUUGUCACUGCUGACAUACAUCUAUGCAUAUGGUGGCUAAGAGACACAAACAACAGUCAGCAGGAUCCAGGUAAACAGCAUUGCUGCUUCAACCGUUCAAAUGCCAUUCUUGUCUUCAAUCAUUUAUAAAAUACCAUGGGAAAUAUUACAGAUCCAUCCUUCAAUAUCGCACAUUGGUGUGUUUUGCCCGUUAUUAUUUAUAUAGCAACAUCAUAUUCCGCAGUGCUGUACAAUAUUAUUAGAAUGGCCUCUGAUGGCGCAUGAUACAGUAUAAAAAUAAUUAAUAACUUACUAGAUAUAUUCUUCUAUACACACACUCUGCGUUUAUUUGUGGGUUAUUUAUUAAACCAACAAUCAAGAGGAACUGAAAGAAUUUACGUUAAAUUAACUGAACUGGAAAAAUAGUUAACAAUUUUUCCUAAUUAACGUAGUUUAAUUUAUAAAAUGUGCAACUGCUUAAAAAUGUCCUUGUUUAUUACAUAAUCAACGUGAUAUAUUGUCUCCACAUAUACAGCUACAUGAAAUUUGACUAUUUGAAUGAAAUAAAUACAUAGUGCUGGGGUGAUUUUAGAAUAUCUUCCAGGAGGAAUAAUAAUAAUCCUCAUAGCCAGUGUAACAUUUCGACCCUAUUUAAAUUAAAGUAAGAAUAAUUUUGAGAGGUGGGCUCCUGCUGUGUUUCCAGAAACAUUGCCUUGCAAAAUCAAAUACACCAGUGAAUAAAGGAAGUUCCCAUUCUCAACCCACCAUAGAUAUUUUUAUCCACGCUAGAUAUAUAAGUAUUUAAAGGGGAACUAACACCCAUAAACAUUUAAAAUCACCUAUAAUUUGUGUUAACCUUAUUUCAUGUGAUGCGACAAUUUCUAUUAAAAUACAGGAGUUUCUGUUUCCUGUACCCGGUCGGACUGACAGGAAGGUGCACACUGAGCGUGCACCUUCCUAUCACUCCGGCCGGGCACCGCGGACAGCAGAGCAGCUCGGCCACGCUACAGGGGAGGGGAGGCGAGAACCAACUGCAGCCGCCUGACCGCUCUUGACAGAGCGCUCAGGCGGCUGCAGCAUUUAAAGGUCCGGCGUAUAACACGCACCCAUAAUUUGCCCCCUAUUUUCAGGGAGAAAAAGUGCGUGUUAUACACCGAUAAAUACGGUAUGUGUUUUUUUUAUUUUUUAUUUAUCUUUACAGUGUUGUCAUUUUUCAACUCCUAGAGGUAAGUGUAACACUAAUUUUAGCGUUACGACUUUUCUUACUAUUGGUAUAUUCUUACCAUUUACUAAUAAAUUGUAUAUUCUGUUACAGUAGGGUGGGGAGUCCCUAUGUUUGUGUGGAAGCUGCUUUCACUUUGUACUUUUCUAUUUGUCUAAGUGCCUUUUAGCAUAGAGCAAUUUGUUGUUUUCUUUGGUGUAAAUGCUCCUUUUUCUUAAGAAAUGUAAAUUUCUGCGUAAACUCUGAGAAUUUACUAUGGCAAAAACUGUUACAUUUUAGAUGACUUUUAGACCACUUUUAAGAAAUAUGAUGAAAAACAUACUGUCACUUUAUGAUAGGUACACAGACAGUAUGCUUAUGUGUGGUGUAGCAUAUAAAUCAGAAGAAUAGAGCAGUGGGAGCAGAUUUUAUUAAAUUAAUAUUUAUUUAAAUAUUUUUGCUAUAUAUGUUAAUAUUUUCCUUUUUUCGUUAAUAUUUUAUUACCUAGGUCUCUUGUUUUUGAUAAAUAGUAGAAUAUGCUAUCACUAUGGCUAGGCUCCUGAAUCAGAUGCAGCAGCAUUAAACAAAAUUGGAUAACCUUAUAUAUGUACAAUCAAACGCAUAUUUGUAAUGUUUCAUUCUUUAAAGACUAGAUAUACGUAUUUAUUAUUAUUUUCUGUAAAGUGUAGAAUAAAUUAGGUGUGGCAAAGAAUUGCAGAUGUACACUUCCAUAGUGUGAACAAUUAGUAAUCAACUUUUCGACCCUAUUUAAAUUAAAGUAAGAAUAAUUUUGAGAGGUGGGCUCCUGCUGUGUUUCCAGAAACAUUGCCUUGCAAAAUCAAAUACACCAGUGAAUAAAGGAAGUUUCCAUUCUCAACCCACCAUGUAUAUUUUUAUCCACGCUAUAUAUAAGUAUUUAAAGGGGAACUAACACCCAUAAACAUUUAAAAUCACCUAUAAUUUGUGUUAACCUUAUUUCAUGUGAUGCAACAAUUUCUAUUAAAAUUCUAUUGAAGAUUUAGCAAACGACAUUCUAAUCCAGUUAGAUCACGGCAAAGAAGAAGGACAAAAUCAUUAAUUGUUUAGUUUCUCAUAUUUUCUGUGCGACUGCCAGGUUCAAAGACAAAGUUUAUAACAAUGAUUGACAAGGAGCCAAGAUAGAGCCGCCCAGUUCCAGGACAGAGAGAUGCAGAGUUCUACGUUUAACCCUUUAAGGGACACAUGGCAUGUGUGACAUGUCAUGAUUCCCUUUUAUUCCAGAAGUUUGGUCCUUAAGGGUUUAAAGGACCACUAUAGUGCCAGGAAAACAUGCUCGUUUUCCUGGCACUAUGGUGCCCUGAGGGUGCCCCCACCCUCAGGGUCCCACUCCCGUCAGGCUGGAUGGAGAGGAAGGGGAUAAACACUUACCUUUCUCCAGCGCCGGGCUCCCUCGGUGGAGGAGACUCUCCUCCUUCUUUCCCCAUCAUCGGCUGAAUGCGCAUGCGCGACAAGAGCCGCGCGCGCAUUCAUGGACGAUGGCGGCUUCUCACUGUGAAAAUUACAGUGGGAAGCGCCUCUAGCGACUGUCAAUGGGACAGCCACUAGAGGUUGGAUUAACCCUAAAGUAAACAUAGCAGUGCAGUUUCUCUGAAACUAUGUUUACAGCAGAAAGGGUUAAUCCUAGCUGGACCUGGCACCCAGACCACUUAAUUAAGCUGAAGUGGUCUGGGUGCCUAUAGUGGUCCUUUAAUUUUAUUAUUUUAGAACUCACAAGCACGUUUGUUAAAGAUAGGGAUGAGCAUAAUAUUAAAAGUUCCUCUUUAACUCUGUAGUAGCUGUGCAUUAUAGAUCAUGAUAUUACGUACUAAGCAGUAAAUGUCUUAAAGGUUCAUAAAUUGCAAUUUACAAUCUCAAGUCUCUUUUGUCUGGCAAAUUAUCUCCCAUCUCUUGAUAUUGUAGUCUGGCCUUUUGCUUUUCAAUGAGACACCAUAAAGAUAGCAGCCGAACUCACAAUGCAACUGCACCUAGUCUCUCCAACUACUGAGGCGCCUGCUUUUCUUAAUUCUCUGGGACUCCUGGUACCUACCACAGUAGCAAUCAAUCACUCUACAGCUUAAAUUUGGGAUCUGAACAUCGUAGUCCCCUUUGUCCCGAGAGUGGGAGUGGAGACUCGUUCAGGAACCUGACUAGAGCUGGGGGUAAUAUGGACAUUGCUAUUUUUGCUCUGUUUUGCUUGUUGUUUUCAUUAUGUUUCGAACUUUCCUUUUAGACAAUUCAUUUUACUAAUGUGAAGAAGAUGAAGAAGAAAAUAAACCCUGGUUAGGAAGGGUUCUGUUAAUGCACCGUGGUGCAAUGUUUAACUUCACUAUAAUCACCAGCCAUGGUGUAUUUAUCACAGGCCCCUUCCCCUUUGCACCCUUUGGUUAGGGGUACCCAUCACAGCUGUACCCACCAGUUAGAUUUCUUAAUAUCUGUUAUUUUAAAAUAGUCUUAUUCAACAUAGGCCAGUAUUCUCUUGUUGUCGUACUUCGGCGACUGGCUAGAAUCGUUGGUCUACUCAUGUUACACUAAAAUUUAAAUAUGGGGGGUAAUACUCAUAGUUUCUGUAAUUCUAGUGGCAUAUCAUUUGUCAUUUGUUAUGCCUUUAUUGCACCAUUGUGAUGUAUAUCACCUGCAAUAAAAAAUAAAAAAAAGAUAGCUACAGAGGUAAUUAGUAUAACUUGUGUUUAUAUAAAACAGAUUAAUGACAAAUCCUGUAUAAUCCUAACCCUUAAGGUACACUCCAAGCAACCAAAGCACGUUAGCUUAAUGAGGUACGUUCGGCUUAUUAUUAUUAUUUUUAUUUUUUUACUGAUUUCAAGAGAAAUCUGCACUUUUUUAAAGAUAUAUUUAUGAAACUUUUCCUUUGCUACCAGCUGAUGUCAGAGCUGUGUCUUUGUUUGUCAUUCCUAGAGCGGUAAUACGGCUCUUUGAGAAGUGUAUGAUUGGCCAGUGGUGCGCAUGCACGGUUUGUCAUAAAAGCUUCUCAAUGUGUAAUCUCUGACUGGGCAAUGCACAAAAUCGAUGUGUGUUGAACAUAAAGCAAAGAACUUACAGUAGCUACAGAACAUAUCUUAAAUGCAUGCAGAAUUAUCUUUUUUAUACACCCCUCCAAAUUUGAAAAAACUAUUAAAUGCAUGUUUUUUAUUAAAGAACAACUAUAGUGCCAGGAAAACAUACUAGUUUUCCUGGCACUAUAGUGCCCUGAGGGUGCCCCCAUCCUCAGGGUCCCCCUCCCGCCGGGCUCUAGGGGGUGGAAGGGAUAAACUUACCUCUUUCUCCAGGGCGGGGAGCUCUCCGCCUCCUCGGCUGAAUGCGCAUGCGCGGCAAGAGCCACGCCCGCAUUCAGCCAGUCUCAUAGGAAAGCAUUCACAAUGCUUUCCUGUGGAUGCUGGCGUCUUCUCAAUGUGAAAAUCACAGUGAGAAGCGCAGAAGCGCCUCUAGCGGCUAUCAAUGAGACAGCCACUAGAGGCUGGAUUAACCCUAAUAUAAACAUAUCAGUUUCUCUGAAACUGCUAUGUUUAUAGAAAAAAGGGUUAAACCUCGCUGGACCUGGCACCCAGACCACUUCAUUAAGCUGAAGUGGUCUGGGUGCCUAUAGUGGUCCUUUAAGGGUUUUUUUUCUUUUAGGAUGGUUCAUUUUCUUUAAAUGGGAGAGCGAGAGCAGUGUCCUGGCAACCUGUGAACUGGCCCCCGCUAAUUAAAAUGCUAAAUGUAGCCCUGGUAACAUUUUAGCAGGAUAUUUGUUACCAGUGCAUACAUUGGUUUAGACACUGAUGUACUGAAAACUGAUUUGCAAAAUUGAGAGUAAAUAACCAUACUGUUUUUAUAACUAAGCUGAAUAAUUUUUCUAAAUGAAUUAUUUUUGCCUAAUUUUACCAGUUCUGUUUUCGAUGCACUACAUUCACCAUUUAAUGAAUUGACUGUGAAUAAUUGUGAGAGAUGUCAGUUCAGGGCCGUAUUUUAUGCUAACUUUGCUCUGGAUAAGUCAGUGUGUCCGCCUCCAUUAUAUGUUAUAGUACAGUUUAUCCUCCUGUUAAGAAAAACUUAUCACAAACAGUUCUUUUGGCUGACGUCGGUUUUUGAAAAGCCUGCAGAUAUUUUUUGUUGAACAUCUAAACACUGACCCUCUUGUCAUUGCCCACCCUCUCAGCAGGUACAGUUCUAAACUUAGAAAGCCUCUUUUGUGAUCACCACUGAGAUAAAGGGGGACAGUGAAAGGGGAUUUACUGUGGGCAACUGCACAUGUUCUCUUGAUGGCUCUUGGGCCUAAAAUUUGCAAUUCUCUUGGCAGUUUGUCACAAGUUGUUUAGUGACUAAAAUCCGUUUUAUUUUUAUCCCUUUAACUUUUUUUCAGUUUGUAAGAGAUCCACAGUCUGUAUAAUUUAACCAGUUUUGAGAAGUAGUUUUUUUUUUUUUUUUUCUUCUAUGCAAAAUCUAUAUGACUACUGUGUUUUACUUCCUGUAAACGGUGUAAUUCUCAGGUAGGUGGCCAACAUUUUAAUUUAAUACAAAAUUACAAAGUGUUUUAGCACUCAAUCAGAUUAUAGGUGCUGGUAACUUGGCCACCCCUUCAGGCCAAAAAAUGAAAUCUCCAAAAUACAAAAAUUGAUACCGCACUCAACAUGAAGAAAAUAUAAAGAUUUAUUAGCAGAACAUUGCCAUAUACCUGAAUACAACUCCAAUUUCUAUAUCACAAGAGUGAAAAUAUAUCAUCUUAAAGUGACAAGUGCCCAAAAUUUACCAUGUGCUUAAAGUGCUAAUAUUAACAAAAUACACUAUCAACGUUCCUUUAUGUACAAAUCUGUAUACAACACGAUCAAUAACAGGAUAGUAAGUGAUUAAUUCCUACGGAAAUCUCAUCCAGUAUACAGUAAUUCCUGCAGGGAAAUAAUCUCAUUUGUAGUUCACUAGUUGCUUUGUGUAUAGUUCAUUCCAUCAAGAAAAGAUAAUUCAAUAAGGAAUUAAAGGACCACUAUAGGCACCCAGACCACUUCAGCUCAAUGAAGUGGUCUGGGUGCCAGGUCCAUCUAGGUUUAACCCUUUCUGCUGUAAACAUAGCAGUUUCAGAGAAACUGCUAUGUUUACCUAUGGGUUAAUCCAGCCUCUAGUGGCUGUCUCAUUGACAGCCGCUAGAGGCACCUUCUCGCUGUGCUUUUCACAGUGAGAAGACGCCAGCGUCCGUAGGAAAGCAUUGAGAAUGCUUUCCUAUGAGACUGGCUGAAUGCGCGCGAGGUUCGUGCCACGCAUUCAGCCAAUGAAAGGAGGCGGAGAGUCCCCACCGCCGAGGGAGCCCGGCGGUGGAGAAAAGGUAUGUGUUUAACCCCUUCCUCCCCCUAGAGCCUGGUGGGAGGGGACCCUAAGGGUGUGGGGGGACCUAGAGACCUUAUAGAGCCAGGAAAACAAUUGUUUUCCUGGCACUAUAGUGGUCCUUUAAUUUCAGCAGUGAUCAUAUUUGAUGUAACAUUGGUUGUACUGUAUACUAUAGUAAAAAAUGUUUGCAGCACAAGAAUUCCAUUUAGUAAAAAGAUGAGAACAAGCAGGGAAUAUCUCCCUAUAUUGCAAGAAAAUGUGUACACAUCCGAAUUAUUUUAUGUGCACAGGAGGUAUAUACAUUAUUAUUAUUAUUAUUAUUAUUAUUAUUAUAUAUAUAUUUUUUUUAUUAUUUUUUUUUUUAGAAAAGUAAGAAAAGGAAAAAAUUUAAAAAUGGGAAAAAGAGAGAAACAGUCAGAAUGUAUGUAUACAUAUAUCCUGACAGGAAUGUGGAUUAGAUCUCACCCCUGGUGUACUGCAUUUUUGACUCCUGAAUAUAGGAAAGUAUGGAGAUGGGUGUAAAGUCCAAUUCCUAUGGCUGCACACAGUUCCAGUUGUGUUUUGGCUGAGUGUGAUAGGUAAGAUGCUGGGCUGCGCGCUCGGGAAUCACCUCCCUUCAAUGGCCCUCCGUUAUCGGUCUCUAGGAACUAUAUGUACCAAAUCCAUAACCUAUCUUCACUUUGAAAAGUUUUUAGACAGACUAUACAUAUUUGUAAGGAACCUAAUUGAAUAUCUGGAAAUACCACCAGAAUCUAACAUCUGUCCGUGGGCAUAAUAACCAUAUACAGUAAGUACAGUUAUACUAAUCAUGUUCUAACUUUUAGGACAUAGCAGAGUAUUCUCCUAGCCUCAAAGAAAUCCCUCUGUAGAGUGUUCUCUGCUCGGAUCCUUGUCAGCCUCCUCCCCUGGUUGCUAUUAGAAUACAGCCAUUUUUAAAGACUGAUUUUCUAUGGAAUGUUGGGAGAGGUGAGGUGUGAUGGCACUUACAGUUCAUCUGCAUAAAUCUAAAGAGAGAGGAAUGAAAACUUCAAUUUUCUGCAGCGUUAAAAGCAGCACUGUUGCAAAGGGGAAGUUAAUAGAGGCAUUAUGGGCUGGAUUUUAUUUUGCAUUACUUUGCAGUGUAAAACAAAGUUUACACAAUUGUUUGCAUGCAGGGCGUUACAAUGAAGUAUUUGUAACAAUGUGUUUAAAUGAGAGAAAAGUUUGAAAUGUAGUAGUUUAAUUACUAAACACUAAAUUUUAGUGAUUGAAAAAUAGAAUUGCAAAAUUUAGGCCACAAAUAGUCACGUUGUAAUUUUCUGUGUUGAAGAAUUUUUACAAAUCAGCUAUAUUUGGCUAAUUUUUUCAGACCUGCUUUCAAUUUAUUACAAUUUGUUGUUUAGUGAAUAGGUCUCAUGUUUCUUGGUGGUGUCUUUUGAUUUACUACGAACUCCAGCCAAUUUAUGCGAUAUGUCCAGGACCUAUACAUGUAUAAAAAUGCGAACCAGUUGUUAGUUCUUUUGUGUGGUGCUAAUCCACAUUCUAUAGGAAUGCCAGGAAUACUAAGUAACCUCAUUCACUAAGUGACAGCCUUACGGUUCUUUCUGCUUGUCUUAGAAAAAGUUAAUGGUUUCCUUUCACUUUGAUCAAAUCUCUUUCUGAUGAAAAAGCUGAUUUAAUCAAAUAGGAAUUUAGUGAAUGAUUAAUACUUGUGUUCCGAGCCAACAUUGUGAAGUUUUGGCUGGGCAUUUUAAGGUAAAAGCAGGAGUGGCCACAAGUGGGUAUUGUAAAACUCCCAUGAUGCUUUUGCAACUUGAUGGCUCACAAGGCAUCAUGGAAGAUCUAUCUUUUAGCUGCGCAAACAGAGUAACAUAUUUAUUUUUUUUAUUUUUUUUAUUUAACCUUCUUUUUUUUUAUUACAGAUACAACAUGAUUUUUUUUUUUUUUUUUUUUCAUUUUGUUGUUCAUUUUGUUAUUAAUGCAGUAAUAAACACCAACACACAGUGAGUCAUGCAUAAUCACAAUAAAUAAUACACCUUCUGAUCAAUUGCUGGUCCUGGGACCGAGAGUGUUCUUGUUGACGUUUUAGUGGAUCCGCUUUAGAGUUCCAUGAAAGUUCAGGGUCGCUCACGGUCAGGCACACAGUGCCUCAGCGCCCCUGUCCCCCACUGGUGAAAGCAACAAAAAAUUAAACAAGUGUGCCUUCAUGUGUUUCUAUAAAAACAUUGUCAGUGUCGGUACCAGUUCAGGUUUAAAGCCCAUAUGCCAUGUAGUUAUGGGGCAGUUUUGUCACUGUGUGCAUGCAAUGGAAUGUAGCUGUAUCUAAGCUGUAAAUGUGAAAGGCUACACUGUUAAUUGGUGAUUAUGGAUUAAUGUUUUUUUUUUUUUUUAUAAUGCAGGCCCUUUGCUGAAUGAUUAUAUACAGCACCACUCUGGCUAUUUCGAACAUCCAGCAUAAUCUUCUAAUAUCACAGAGCUCAAGAAAACAUGGCAGACGAAGAUCUUAUCUUCCGCAUGGAAGGCCUCGACAACAGCCGUGUAAUAAGAGAAGGGACCUCAGAUUACAGCAAGGCCGACAGUGAUGACGACGACAACUUCUUCAUCUGCCCCAUAACUGAUGACCCAGCCUCACAUCAUGAGGCCAACAAAAAGAAUUCACGUUUUUUCAGCAACUUGAGAAAAGAAAAUGUGUACGGGACCAGCUCUUCUCCGAGAAACUCCUUCAGUUUUAAGGUACGUGUCUAGAUAAAGGCAAGAAGACAAUUUGGUAUUUCAUAUGCCCUCAAAUAGUGGUUUUCACAUGUAGUCACUAGACCAGGGCAUGUGAUGCCAUUACCACUGUCCUACAUUCCCACGGAAUAACCGUGACCAGCCCUGCAGAAACCUAUAUUGGUUAAGUCCACCGGGUGUUGAUAUCAGUCAUGAUGGUGUUCACAGUCACUAUUCUAGAAUGUAUUCUUCUUUGAGUUGCUCCAAGAUCCUCUGCAUUACCUGACUCAGCCACUCUUGAGUACCUGAGAUGAAGUAUUUAUGCAUUGUUGAAGACACUGCGGGAAAUGUUCUGAAUAUAGAAUCUUCCCAUUUCUAAGCAGGAGGUAAACCUCUAUGGCUAAGGUUGAAUGACUCAGAGGACCAAUGAGAAGUUUCAAAUUUACCAAACUAGGUAGAACAUCCACCUAAUCCAGCAUGAAGAUAGACAGCGAGAGAUAAAGACAAGUAAACAAGGCAUUAGCCAAAUGUCCCAAUAUAAAUAAAAUAUCUAUUAGGAAUCAGGAGCCUUGCUUAGGCUAUAUUGAAGUAGAAAUGGUAAUGCAGUAAAGGUAAAGGAUUUAUAUAGCAGUCAAUGUAACCAUUGUGAUGAAAGAUUAUAUCUACUCCCUAUGAGAAUCUUUGUUUUAGACUGAAUUAUAACAAAUACCAUUUCUACAGCUAUUUAUGUUCAACAGAAAAUGCAAUUUCCAGUUGUGAGACCAUCUUUAUGGAGAGAAGAUAAUGCUGCCAUAUUUCAACUGCUUUCGUUGCACCUUCAUCCAUUUCUGCAUGCGUUGAAGCAUGCGUUUGUGCCGCUAUAGAAUGAUCACGUGAUCAAACAUAAAAGGUCCUACACCAAACCUUAAUAUAUAUCUACCCAAAAAAAAAUAUUUUAGGAAUUCAGAUGACUUGAUUGUUUGAAAUAAAUAUAAUCUAGCCAAUGUUUCCUCUUAUGUUGAUUAUAUCAAGGGCAGCCUACAUAGUGCAGAGAGAUGCUCUGUUAUAAAUAUCGGUAUUCACACAUUUUAAAAGACCCAUUGGUACGCUGUCAGGGAUUUCAGAACAAGUUAAGUAGUCAAUCAAAUGUGAUGGAAUCCUCACAACCAGAUGUCAGAACUCAAUAUAUGAUCUGUUGUAUGAUGUUCACCAGACAUUUAACCUUUAGAACCCAGUGCCUUAUAGUAUUCCUUGACUGGAAUAGAGAAGCACAAAUUCAGAUUACGUUUUCAGGAUCUGUCUUCUGAAUUCUGUGUUCCUUCCCUGUGUGUACAAUGUUUGGGUGGAAAGGAGUACAUUCCACUCAAUCUGGCACAGACUAAGACAUUGCCAUAGAGACCCAUCACUCAUUUGUGAAAAUUGGCAGCUUCUACAGAAAAUCUGAGAUAAUUCUAUUCUGAUUUUGUUUGUAAAAGUAGUACGAGAUGCAGCAUAGUCCUGUUACUGGUUUUGAAAACCCAGGUCAUUGUGGAAGUACAGGGAUUGAUUAUUUUAAUUAUGAUUUAGGAUAUUAUUUUAUUAUUAAUCACAUGCUAGGCUCUUACUGUACAGAGACAAUAAUCUGAAUUUAAUACGAAGCUGACUUUCUGAUGACAAUUUGAUUGUCAGAAAAUUAAGUGUCUGCCCGAACAGAUUGCGAAUGAUUCAAUUUGAAGGCCUUCCUAUGCUGUAAAUGAUGCAGACAUUCAGUUAUGCUAGUCAUGUAUCAUACCUAAAUGACAUUUAGAGUGACUUAUCUUCCCUGUGACAAAAACCAGACGAUCGUGAAAAACUGAUUGCAUUUUGUAGCCUUUACACAGCGUGCACUGUUUAAACUAUGAUCUAGCAGGUGGAUUAUUGCAUUCGUUAAACUUUAUUUCUAGGAGUAUAAUGGCUGCAAAUGCAUCCAGUUUAUUGUGUAUCAGAUCACAAUAAUUAUACAUCCAGAUGUUUCUUUAAUUAGGUGUUAUGGUAGCAGUUAUUACAAAGGUAAUUAGCACCCUGGAUCUGACAUCAGUAUAUUGUGUAUUACAGGGACAGCCCUGCACAUUAGGUAGUGGUGAAAUAUUUUUUUUAUUGUAUAUAUCUAUCAAAUUUCCUUAAAAAUAUUUAUUGAUUUUAGCAGCUUGUUCUGUUUUCGUGCCUUUCAUUUACUUCAUUGUGAAAGUAUAUUAGAUCCUGACUGAUAAGUUUCUCAACUUAGUGUGAAGGUCAUUGUCUAACAGUAUUUAAAAUGAGUAGGGAGUUCUUGAUGGUAUCUAUGCAACCUCCCCUGUGAUCAAGUAAAUUUGGAAAGUCAAAGAUGCCCCAUAUUGAGAUUUUGUUCCAGGAGUUUCUUAAUACAAAAUAAUCACAAAUAAUAGGAGAUGAAAACAGUCCAUCUGACGCAUUUCGCCCCAUCGUGGAGCACAGUGCUACCUUCUACCCAUGGAUUGUUUGUCUUAGGUAGGAGAAGGGAGAACAGUGCAUUAGUGAAAGCAUGAAUGAUUGCAGGCUUAUUCUCUUGGUAUCUUCCAGUCUGCAUUAAAGAUAUUGCAGUGUGAUAUAUAAGAACAGAAGGGUUGCAUAUAGAACUGUUGGUGUUAAAGAACACGCCAGGCACCAUAACCUCUGACGGUUUCUGUAGUGGUUAUGCUGCCAGGAGUGGCACCCUGUGAAACCUUUUUGAGCGGUUUGACUUUUGUUUUCUGGGACCAGGGCACUCCUGUAGUUGUUUUGGUGCUUGGAAUGUUUCUUUAAAUAUGGCCAAUUACAUGAUUGCAUUUUUUUGCUCUGGUCUAUGAAAACCACUCCAGUUGCUAUAUGUAAAAUAGAUUUAGUUUCCCUCUUGCCUGCAAAACGAGUGGGAACACAGCAGAUGAAAUUAUUAGCACCUUGCUUUUUCACACAUACUUGUGAUAUUCAUGUACGGUCGUCAUUUGACAGAGUGUAAGAUCAUAGGAAAAUGUGUGAAGAAAAAUAUGUAGUGUUUGUGCAGACAGCAAAAAGUUACAUACAAAUCUAUCACAACAAUGAUUUUACAAUAUUAGCUAGUAAUAUAACCUCCUUAAUUCCAUGGCUGUGCCCAACGCAUCCCAAAUCCUAUGUUGGACAGAGCUCUGACACCCAAAGAGUUAAUAGCAGGGAAUUGAGUGUGAAUAUCCAAUGUGAGUGCAGGUACACCGUAUGUAACUGGGACACAGUGCUCAUAUAGCAGAGAUAUGUGCAAGAAGUACUAUCAAUGAACUGGCCAUGCCAUUGUUCUUGAUUUGUUUAUAGAGCAUAACAUUUAACCUGUAUUCUAUAUAUUGUGCUAGACAGAUUGCUUAUCUAUGUAGAUUAAUUGUUUUUUUACUUAAAGGAAUACUCCAAACAUCAUGACCAUUACAGAAUUCUGUAGUGGUUAUGGUGCCAAUAGUGCCUUGGCACCACCCCUUGUAAGUAAAACAGUUUUUUUUAAACAGUUUGACUUUUUAUCUGGGGGUCCGUUGUGCAUCCGUUCCUACCUUUCUGUAACUGAAAGUGAAAACCUGAAUCCCCUUGCCUAGGAGCUUCCGUUAUCAAGCUCUGCCUUUUACUGAAAUGUAUACAGGGAGUGCAGAAUUAUUAGGCAAGUUGUAUUUUUGAGGAUUAAUUUUAUUAUUGAACAACAACCAUGUUCUCAAUGAACCCAAAAAACUCAUUAAUAUCAAAGCUGAAUAUUUUUGGAAGUAGUUUUUAGUUUGUUUUUAGUUAUAGCUAUGUUAGGGGGAUAUCUGUGUGUGCAGGUGACUAUUACUGUGCAUAAUUAUUAGGCAACUUAACAAAGAACAAAUAUAUACCCAUUUCAAUUAUUUAUUAUUACCAGUGAAACCAAUAUAACAUCUCAACAUUCACAAAUAUACAUUUCUGACAUUCAAAAACAAAACAAAAACAAAUCAGUGACCAAUAUAGCCACCUUUCUUUGCAAGGACACUCAAAAGCCUGCCAUCCAUGGAUUCUGUCAGUGUUUUGAUCUGUUCACCAUCAACAUUGCGUGCAGCAGCAACCACAGCCUCCCAGACACUGUUCAGAGAGGUGUACUGUUUUCCCUCCUUGUAAAUCUCACAUUUGAUGAUGGACCACAGGUUCUCAAUGGGGUUCAGAUCAGGUGAACAAGGAGGCCAUGUCAUUAGAUUUUCUUCUUUUAUACCCUUUCUUGCCAGCCACGCUGUGGAGUACUUGGACGCGUGUGAUGGAGCAUUGUCCUGCAUGAAAAUCAUGUUUUUCUUGAAGGAUGCAGACUUCUUCCUGUACCACUGCUUGAAGAAGGUGUCUUCCAGGAACUGGCAGUAGGACUGGGAGUUGAGCUUGACUCCAUCCUCAACCCGAAAAGGCCCCACAAGCUCAUCUUUGAUGAUACCAGCCCAAACCAGUACUCCACCUCCACCUUGCUGGCGUCUGAGUCGGACUGGAGCUCUCUGCCCUUUACCAAUCCAGCCACGGGCCCAUCCAUCUGGCCCAUCAAGACUCACUCUCAUUUCAUCAGUCCAUAAAACCUUAGAAAAAUCAGUCUUGAGAUAUUUCUUGGCCCAGUCUUGACGUUUCAGCUUGUGUGUCUUGUUCAGUGGUGGUCGUCUUUCAGCCUUUCUUACCUUGGCCAUGUCUCUGAGUAUUGCACACCUUGUGCUUUUGGGCACUCCAGUGAUGUUGCAGCUCUGAAAUAUGGCCAAACUGGUGGCAAGUGGCAUCGUGGCAGCUGCACGCUUGACUUUUCUCAGUUCAUGGGCAGUUAUUUUGCGCCUUGGUUUUUCCACACGCUUCUUGCGACCCUGUUGACUAUUUUGAAUGAAACGCUUGAUUGUUCGAUGAUCACGCUUCAGAAGCUUUGCAAUUUUAAGAGUGCUGCAUCCCUCUGCAAGAUAUCUCACUAUUUUUGACUUUUCUGAGCCUGUCAAGUCCUUCUUUUGACCCAUUUUGCCAAAGGAAAGGAAGUUGCCUAAUAAUUAUGCACACCUGAUAUAGGGUGUUGAUGUCAUUAGACCACACCCCUUCUCAUUACAGAGAUGCACAUCACCUAAUAUGCUUAAUUGGUAGUAGGCUUUCGAGCCUAUACAGCUUGGAGUAAGACAACAUGCAUAAAGAGGAUGAUGUGGUCAAAAUACUCAUUUGCCUAAUAAUUCUGCACUCCCUGUACAGCCAACUCGCCAGAUAAGAACGCAAUAUUUAUGUAAAUUAGAGUGACAUUCUGGGAUGGAACUGACCUAUUCUUAUUGACCAGAAAAUGGCUCAAAUAAACAUGAGGCUUGCUUAUUUUUCAGUGUCAGUAAAGUGCUUAUUCUAUAAAUACUUGCACAGCAAAGCUUUUAUGGGUAUAAUUAUAUUAUUAUGGGUUUCUGGGAGCUGUGGUUUAGUAGUCAGUUUUACAGGUCUCUGAACCUCUUCAACACAGCUUCUUAGUUUAAUACAAGUAAAUGUACAGGUAAAGGGAAGAAUGGCUUCCCACUAUGACAUUGAAAUAAGGGAAUAGGCUUGUGGCUAGAGUGAUUAAAGGGACACUGUAGUCACCAAAACAGCUUUAGCGUAAUGAAGUAGUUUUGAUGUAUAGAUCAUGGCAUUACAGUCUCACUGCUUAAUUAUCUGCCAUCUUUGUUUAUGCAGACCUAGCAACACCUCCCUGCAUGUAACUUACACAGUCUUCCUAAAUAUUUCCUGUAAAGAGUCCUCUAAUGUUUACACUUCCUUUGUUGCAAAUUCUGUUUGAUUUAGGUCUAGGAUUUCUUAUCUCCUGCUCUGUCAGUAGCUUGCUAGACCCUGCAGGAGCCUCCUGUAUGUGAUUUAAGUUCAAUUUGAUAAAAAAAUUUAACGUUAGUUACAUCUGAUUGAAAAUGAAACCAUCACAGCCAGGGGAGGUGUGCCUGGGGCUGCAUAAACAGAAACAAAGUGAUUUAACUGCUAAAUGGCAGAAAAUUGAGCAGUGAGACUGUAGAGGCAUGAUCUAUACACCAAAACUGCUUCAUUAAGCUAAAGUUGUUUUGGAGACUAUAGUGUCCCUUUAAUGUAAAUUUGUGCAGUUACAAGACUAUGGGGAAGAUUUAUCAAAGUGUUUAUUUCUAAAAUCUGAUUGAAAAAAUGUGAACGGUAACUGUGGAAUGUGCCUGUUGAUACAUGGUGAUUGCCUUAAUUUUAGUACUUUAUACGACUUUAAGGACAGAACAGAUACAUCUCACCCUAUGUGUGGGGAGACCAAUGCAGGGGUUGUUUUUGUCCCAUAAUGUUUACAAGGAACGCAAGUUAUUAAGGUGCUUUGUGGGUCACCUUAAAUAUAGACGAGAUGUUAAUGAAAUUUUGUACUGAAUGAUUUUGUUUUGAAGAUAUAUUGACGUUGGGUUAAUUUUAAGACUAGAUUGAAAGAUUUUUAGAUUGGUCGGAAUAUAAUGGCCUAUAAUAAAUUGGGGUAUCUGGUUACCAGUAUUCAUGCAAAAAAUUUAAUUGAGAAAAUCCUAAAGAAUUCUUUAUGAACAUAUACAAAAACUUGCAAGUCCAAACCUACUAUUAUCAGUUUAAAAGCCCUACAGUUAUCUGAAACAGCGAUACUGUUCUGAUCUGCCAUAGAAUUGUGUAUGAUGAGGAUUAUGUGUAAUACAAACCCAUCAUGAAAGUUUGAAGGGUUAACCAAUUAGCCUUUCUGUUAAUAAAAGGGUUAACCAUACCUUCAUCAAUCAACAUGAAUGAAUUGUUUUGAAGCAUGUCUGGUCAGAACUAGUUUAGAGUAGUUCUCAACCAGUCUUUCUGCAGGGGUCAAAGGCUUUUUAUUCUAUAGACAAGCCCCCUCCUCCCAUUUUAACACAAAAACAUAUCCACUUAACCCUUCGGGAGACAGAUGUGUGUGUGCAAUAUAUUUAAUUGAUCAUUUAGCUAAUAAAGACUCUAGGCCAGUUGGUUCUUACCUGACAUUAUAAUUUAUGUGACUUAUUCACUAACCUGUAAAUGUUUUUACACAUUUUAGAUAAAAUUGUGGGGGGAAAAAACUCUGCAAGUCACCACCUUUUAAACAAAGUUUAAAUUAUGUAUCGAUUUCAACAAGCUUGUUAGAGAAUGGAAUGUUAUAGUAGGUCACCUGUGGCAGAUUUCGGCUUCCUGGUAACCUACCUCUGAAACUGAAUUAAGUUAAAUAGCUUCAUUUUUUAUUAUAUGUAUAUAUGUUUGCGGUCUCGGCUGUUUAAUUGCCAUUACUUGAAGAUGGAAUCCUGCUAUACGUGACAUUGUCCCUCUAAGAACCUCUAACUAUAGAUAGAAACAGGAUUAUGUCCUUAUUUAGAUGCACAUGUCAAAAUAAUCUGUUUAGUUACUAUUAAAGCAUAUACAUUAGCUCAUCACGUCAAGCAGUAGUUCUUAAAGGAACGGCAUAACUAAUACAGGCACCAACCCUUUAAUGCCGAAUGCAUGGCUAAGCGUGCCAAAAUAAGUGUAAAAAACAUCGAUUUUUUUGCCUUUUGUUCAGGAACAGAGACCUCUAGAAAUAUAUGUACAACCUAAAAAAAAUCCAUUGCGCUGCAGCAUGAAUAGAGGCAGAGAAAUUAAUCUGGAAGAUGUGUGAAUACAGAGUGUUAAAUUAAUGUUAACUUGUUCAUCUAAUUUCAUUUUAAGUAUUCUAGAGACAUUCUAAGCUUGUGGAUGAUGGGAAGGCUUGUGGAUAGCUUGUGGGUGAUGGGAAGGCUUGCGCUGGAGUGCAUUGGGGUUAAAUUGCUGUACACGCAUGUAUGUGUGUGUGUGUCCACUACAGUGUAAUUCCUCCAGGACCAAUAGCAUGUCAGGACUGGCAUAAUUACAAGGUAUUUGCCUAAUCCUGGCCCUAAAGGGGAUACAGUAUAUUAAUUAUAAUAAUGGUGAAAUGGUACAUCGUUGGACUUUAAGGGGUUAAAGUUGAAAACCAAUUUUAGAUACUAGCCUGGGCUUGUAUAAUCCAUUGAAAUUGAUGGUUGUCUGUAUUUGAUCUGUGUUGCAACAUCUACUAGUUAAAGCCCCAGUGUAUCAGGAAAUAGCAUUUUGCUUAUUACUCCUCUCUGUGUAUAGAGAUAUCCAUGCAACUGUUUAAAUGUCUGUCUGGUUUUUCUACACAUUGUAUAUUUCUUUCUCCUGAUGAAUUGUCCUGCAAAUUGUAGAUCAAUUAAUUUGCUUAAAAAGACCACCUCCAUCACUGUAAAUGCCAUCUUUUCAUAUGCUUUUUAAUAUUUUCUUUUUCUUAAGGAAAUAAAACACUCAGUGCACCAUAACCACUUUAACCCACGGUAGUUAUUAUUGUGAUGGCACGCUGCAGACGCUAUCCUCCCGGUUCUGAGUGAAAACAUUUUGAGCAGUUUGACACCAAAUGUCCCCCGGUGCCCCUGAUCCACCCCCUCAUUCUCCGGUGUGUGUAUGUGUGGAAAUUCCACUUCUAAUUAGUAGUAUUGAGAUUUACUAAAUUUGAAUGGCAUUGAUUGGCUGAGUGUGUCAGUCGAUGCUCUCAGCUAGUCAGUGGCGUCCAAAACUAAACAGACGUGACAUUAUUGUUUACAUGUAGCUGGGAAGCCCCUGUGCUAAGAAUAGAUAUUUUUUAGAACCUCCAGGACCCUAGUAAUAUCUUGAAGAGAGCGCGGUAAGCACCAUAACCACUGUAGCUCUUUGUAGUAGUCAUGGUGCUAUGAUUCUUUGGGUUCCAUACCGCCGUUUCUAUCAAACCCAUUUGGAGCUAUUUGACAAAAAAAUUAGACAGGGUUCUCACCAGCAGGCACCCCGUUACAUCUGCACAGGUAAUGCAUACAUUAAAUUCUGUUAUUCAUAUCCAGCUGACCAACAGGAAGUGAUGCAAAGUUUGGUUUGUGCUCCACAAGUAACGCCAAGCCUUACUAGCAAGCCAGUAACCAACCUCAUGCUGAGGAGUUGCACGAAACGGCUGUUUAUGAGCUGUCCACUGGCUUUGCAUCUCUUCCUGAGUUGUGUUUCAAAGCUGUUUUAUACAGCAAACUUAAACGCUAAGGAAUCCAUGUUUAAAAUGGGAUAUGGAGGCAAAAAUUGGGUUCUUUGUUGUAUUAACUUGCAUCUACCCACCCAGAAUCCCAUCACUCCAAAAUCGAGAUUUCUAUGGAAAAAGCAAGUCUUAUAGCUUGAAUGGUGUGCAGCUCUAUGUUUAACAAUGUAUUGACUAUCCACUGACUUCAGGUGGAAGAGACUUUCAAUCACUAUUAUUCCCCACCAUAACUCUGUGUGUAUGUAUAUUUAUAAAAAAAUUUUUACAUAUUAUUUUUCAUGAUACAUGCAUUUUGUGUUUCUUCUUUAUUUAUUUUUUAAAGCAGGAAAAUUAUGCUCAGAAGGGAAAAGAUUUAGUCUCUGUGUGCCAUGGGAAUUGUUUGCAUUUUACACUACUUACUCACUGAGAGGACUACAGCCCAGGCAUUUCUGAGUAGUGAAAGGGUUUAUUCGCUAAGUAGACAGUGGAAUUUGCGUAGUUGAAAAUGUGAUCCAUCUACGCAGUUUAUGGCAUAUAUUUUGCAGUUUUUGUGUGUUGAUUUGCCAUAUUUUACUGUGAGGUGCAUAUACCCUAAUUAAGUUUUUAUUUUUACUAGGUUGGUUUUGUGGUUGCAGUUUAUAGUGCCCCUUUAAAAGAGCAUCAUGACUGGUCACUUCCUGGUCUGAGUAGAUCUCACUGCAGAAGCUGCAAAGCCAAGCAAUUUGUAGCAAGUGCAGGAACAUUAAUCUAUGUAUUUUUUUGCAUAUUUUUAAUAUAUUAUCUGUAAAACAGAAGACAUUGCUAAACUAUAUUUUAAUAUAUAUCGCCUAGGUUUUUAUUGGCAGCAAGCCUUGGGCAUAAAUCCACCCUUCAUAUAAUGUGCAUGUGACAUUCUUGGAUGAUCAUCAAGAUAAUUAUCUGCAAAAAUUCUCUUUAUAAAAGUGAUGUAAUCUAAAUAGUCUUUGGUGUUGCUUAACUUGAUCAAGCUACCAGCAGUUUUGUCAUUCCGAUAGAUUUGCCAUAACUCUUCCGAGUAACCCCGGCAUUCAGGCUAUUGCUCUGUUCUCUGGGUAAAGAAUUGUAGAUUUUAAUAUAGUUUACAUGUAGCAUGUGCUAAUGCUACUCAAUCAGCCAAUCUACCUGAACUACAGAGUUCUCUAACCUUUAGCACUGAAGCCAUUGGGUAGUUUGAUUUCAGUGAAGGUCCGGUAGCAUCAUGCAAAUUAUAGUCCACAGCUACGGUACCAAAGAUUGUCAAUAUAUAUAUAUAUAAUAUAUAUAUAUAUGUGUAUAUAUAUAUAUAUAUAUAUAUAUUUUACAAUGUUCAUGAUAACAAACCAACUCUUCUACUUUGUCUCUGAUGGUAUAUAUGUUUUGAUGACACAGUUUGCUAUUGUCUGACUGAAUGUGCUUCCUUAAUGAGCAAUGUUGUAUUGUUUUCUGCUUUUGGUGAUUUGGUUCGAUUAAUGUAUCUUGUGCAUUUCCUAGAAUGACAAACGCCACUUUUCUAAGCAUGGCUGCUUGACUGAUCGAGGUCGGGUAUGUGUUAUUAUAAAUUUGGACCUUUCAUCCUCCCUGUUUUCCGUCUAACUUUUUGUGAGCGUAUAUUUAAGGUACCCAAUUUUCUGUUACAAUUAGAUGGCAGAUACAUAAAACAUACCAAUCAAUACAGGAAUUAAUUUGUUAGUAUCUCUGCAGUGUUCUGCCCUCCUCCUCCUUCAAGACAUCCUUAGUCAAAAAAGACACCUAAUGUCGCCUAGAAUAAAAAUAAAUAUAUACACGUUAAAGAGAAAAAAUAUAAAAAGCACAGGGAAGUACCUAGUGUUACUCCAGGACAUACUUUGUAUGGAUGAUGGUUUUUCACAUGGGGUUUGGCUGCUAAAUAUUGGGGCUUCAGGUAAAACCUUUCUUUUCCAGACAUGCGGGAGCAAUAUGUAGAUCAAGCCCCCCAUAUUAACCCAAAUUUCACAAACUCCUCAAUAUAGUCUGUAAGCUCGUUUGAGCAGGGUCCUCUUCAACCUAUUGUUCCUGUAAGUUUUCUUGUAAUUGUCCUAUUUAUUGUUACAUCCCCCCUCUCAAAAUAUUGUUAAGCGCUACGGAAUCUGUUGGCGCUAUAUAAAUGAUAAUAAUAAUAAUAUUGGAGGUGUUACUUUCCCAGUCUGGUUCCGCUUGCUCCUGUUUGCCCAGGACAGUCCCCUUCUGUAAUCACAGAGGGGGAACAGGAAUGGGGUUGUGAAAAGUUCCCAGUGAUGCCACACAAGUGGUAAGCGUUGUACCUCUUGAGCAGUGUGAGCCCUAAACACUACCUGCACUGCAUCAUCUUCUACUAUAGACCCAUAAACUAGCAGUAGUUGGCAGACUCCCCCCUAAUCCUAGUGUCUAUUGCAGAUUCUUUUCACAUGUAGGUUCAGCUACCAAUAUUUUACAUUUUAAAGUGUAUAAAGAAUGGGAUCCUUAAGUAUAUGACUCAUUUCACAUCCUUUAUAUGAAAUCUGCAUUUUAUUCCUUCUUUGCAUGACAUGUUCCGUCUCAAUUACAGCAAAGAAUUGUUUACCUGCAUCAUUGAUUCAUGUGAUCACACUGGACAGCUAUAUUCAAUCACUCCAAGUAUAGUGAGAGUUGCAGUCCACAGUCAGACUUCCUGUCCAACUACCGCAAUCCAUAAAAUGGUAUUAAAGGUCAUUCACCAUUAUUACUAAAGAUGGGCCUACCUACCUUAUUCAAAUGUUAAUGUUGGAUGCAUGUUUAAUGCACAUGUACCCUUGCUUUUCAGUUUUUAAAGAUUUAGUUUUUUUGCUUCUUUACCAAAUUUAACUAUUAAAAAAGACCGCAAAAUCUAAAUAACUAAAUAUUGAAAUCACAACAAUGUUUUAAGCAGAUCUAUCUCUUCAAAAACAAAAACAAAAACAAAAAAAAGACAAAUCGAAUACCAAUUUGAAGAGGAAAAACAAGAAAAAUACAACACUCAUGAUUUUUUGGGGAGCGCCUCGGGCUGCAGUAAGACUGUGCAAUACAAAUAUCAACUUACACAAAAGAACGGAGUAUUCUGCCCAUUAGCCUACAGUCUAGCAUGUGUAACACGUUCACUGAAAGCACUCUGCCGUAUGAUAAAUAGAGUAGAUAAUGGAUAUUCUGAUGGAAGGCAGGAAAAUUUGACGUUAUUGGCCGGAGGGAUGAAAUUCAGGAAUAGCCAGAACAUAUUUUCCAGUAGUUUGUCUGGUUACAUUGUUCUGUGCUGAACGUGGCUCAUGUCACGGUGUAAGUAAAGCCUGUACACCAUACGAUGUCAGUCUGGGACUAAUUCUCACCAUACUUGUUUGUUAAAUUCAAUCAUCUUUUCAUUUUUACUCUUUUUGAGAUUUAAAUAACAUUUAUUACAGAAUGAAAAAAGCCCUGGGUGAUGUAGCUUCACAAAGGUUCUUACUGACCAAAUUUUCUUAUUCCGUGAAAGGUUGAACUUACUGUAAGGAUAAUUCUCAAUCUGUCUGUACUCUUGGCCAAAGUCCAUUUCAAUGCCUGCGUUUUAUGUCUUUUGCAGGAAGCUUGGAAACAUGCUAUUCAGAAGGCCAAACAGAUGCCUGAUCCCUGGGCUGAGUUCCACUUGGAAGACAUAGAGACAGAACAUGGUAUCAGACACAGGUCUGUAGAGGCUUACACAGCCAGAUCUUAAAUGUCAAUAUGGAGUGUCAUAUAUAUUAAAUAUCAGUACAAGCUCUCCUAUAUGUAUAAUAUAUCACAUAUCCUUAGAGGGUCUCACAUAUUAAAUAUCCAUGCAGAGUAUGUGUAUAUAUUAAAUGAUGGCUUAAAUAAAGCCUUUUAAUACAUACUAAAUUUCAGUAAUUGUGCUGUAUAUAUUAUUAUUAUUAUUAUUAAUUUUUUUUAUUUAUUUAUUUAUUUAUUUUUAAAACAUAUACUGAUGGCCCUGGUUCAGAAUCUUCUAUGCUUAAAAAAAUGUGGCACUUUACCCUGCCUACGAUCUUCUUGUUACCAAUGGAAAUUGGUUCAUCUUCCUUAAUUUUUCAAUGAACGAUUUUUUUAGUCCUGAAUGAAUCCAUUUUUUUUUUUUGUUUUGUUUUUUUAAUCCAAUAACUUUGCAAACUACUUGUAUUAGAUAGGAAAAAGAAAUCCCAAAUAUAAUGAAAAUGUCACUAGUUCAAAAUAUCAAGCUGUGAGGUUAAGUGUAUUUAGAGUUGAGUCAAAUUUUACU